AGGCGAGGUGAGGGAGGGCAGAGCAGAGCAGAGCGCGCGCGCCGCGGGGACGCGAGGAGGAGAGUGUUCGCGAGAGAGCGAGAGAGCGAGCGCGCGCUGAGCGGAGCGCUGUGUUGUGGUGACGGAGUGUGUGUUACUCGCAGUAGUGUUACCCCCCCUACCCUCCCCACCCCGGUGCUCAUCAUCAUCAUCAUCUGCCCGGGUGCUGUUACUCCGUCCGGCACUCACUCACUCACUCACUCUGUUACCGUUACCGCCGCCGCGUCUCCCGGAGCCUCCAGGUGUUCACAUGAAGCCGCUGCUGCGGAGCCGCUGAAGGAGGAGGAGGAGCUGCUGCUGCUGUUACAGACAUUUCUGUCCGCGCGCACGCGUGUGUGUUAGAACUCGGAGCAGGCGACAUGCCGCUCGCGCAGCUGGCUGACCCGUGGAGGAAGAUGGCCAUCGGCAGUGAGGAAACCCAGCAGGUCUUGGAGGAUUCUUUGGGAGACGAGGACAACCUGCCGUGUCAAGACGAUGUGCCGGUGAAGGAGAUCAGCAUCACGCAUCAUGUUAAAGAGGGCUCUGAGAAAGCCGACCCCCAGCAGUUCGAGCUGCGCAAGGUCCUGGGUCAGGGCUCCUUCGGGAAGGUUUUCCUGGUGAAGAAGAUCACCGGGCCGGAUGCAGGACAGCUUUACGCCAUGAAGGUGCUCAAAAAAGCGACGCUGAAAGUACGUGAUCGUGUCAGGACUAAGAUGGAGCGAGACAUCCUAGUGGAGGUGAAUCACCCGUUCAUUGUAAAGCUGCACUACGCAUUCCAGACAGAGGGAAAACUGUAUCUGAUUCUCGACUUUCUGAGAGGAGGAGACCUGUUCACUCGUCUGUCCAAAGAGGUCAUGUUCACAGAGGAGGACGUGAAGUUUUACCUGGCCGAGCUGGCUUUGGCUCUGGAUCACCUGCACGGGCUGGGAAUCAUCUACCGGGACCUCAAACCAGAGAACAUCCUGCUGGACGAGGAGGGACACAUCAAGCUGACAGACUUCGGCCUCAGCAAGGAGUCAAUCGAUCACGAGAACAAAGCCUACUCGUUCUGCGGGACGGUGGAGUACAUGGCUCCUGAGGUGGUGAACCGGCGGGGACACACCCACAGCGCCGACUGGUGGUCGUACGGCGUCCUCAUGUUCGAGAUGCUGACCGGGACGCUCCCCUUCCAAGGCAAGGACCGCAAAGAGACCAUGACCAUGAUCCUGAAGGCGAAGCUGGGCAUGCCUCAGUUCCUCAGCAUGGAGGCUCAGAGUCUCCUCCGAAACCUGUUUAAACGGAACCCCUCCAACCGGCUCGGUGCAGGUCCAGACGGAGUCGAGGAAAUCAAGAGACACCAAUUUUACGCUUCUAUUGACUGGAACAAAUUAUUUAGGAGAGAGAUCCACCCUCCUUUCAAACCUGCUUCUGGGAGGCCAGACGACACGUUUUACUUCGACCCAGAAUUCACAGCUAAAACUCCCAAAGACUCACCAGGUGUACCCCCUAGCGCUAACGCUCAUCAGCUCUUCAGAGGUUUCAGCUUUGUGGCCAUCAGCACAGAGGAGGAAACGCAGCCAUUGCAGAGUAACAUGAGCUCUAUAGUGCAGCAGCUUCACAGGAACACGUCUCAGUUCAGCGACUCGUACGAGGUGAAGGAGGACAUCGGCGUCGGCUCGUACUCCAUUUGCAAGCGCUGCAUUCAGAAGAGCACGGCCAUGGAGUACGCCGUCAAGAUCAUCAAUAAAGCCAAAAGGGAUCCGACGGAUGAGGUGGAAAUCCUCUUACGCUACGGCCAGCAUCCCAACAUCAUCACUUUAAAGGAUGUGUAUGAUGAUGGACGAUCGGUCUUCCUGGUGACGGAGCUGCUUAAAGGAGGGGAGCUGUUAGAUAAGAUCCUCAGACAGAAGUUCUUCUCUGAGAGGGAGGCCAGUGCCGUGCUCUACACCAUCACCAAGACUGUGGAGUACCUCCAUGCGCAAGGGGUGGUCCACAGGGACCUUAAGCCGAGCAACAUUCUCUACGUAGACGAAUCCGGGAACCCCGAGUCCAUCCGGAUCUGUGACUUCGGCUUUGCCAAGCAGCUCAGAGCAGAAAACGGGCUGCUGAUGACGCCGUGCUACACCGCUAACUUCGUAGCACCAGAGGUGCUGAAGAAGCAGGGUUACGAUGCUGCGUGUGAUAUCUGGAGUCUGGGUGUCCUCCUCUACACGAUGCUGACGGGGUUCACCCCGUUCGCCAACGGACCCGAGGACACGCCGGAGGAGAUUCUGGCAAGGAUCGGUAGUGGGAAGUUCUCUCUUACCGGCGGGUACUGGAAUUCUGUCUCACCCGAGGCCAAGGAUCUGGUAUCUAAAAUGCUUCAUGUAGACCCUCACCAGAGACUAACAGCAGCACAAGUGCUCAGGCACCCGUGGAUCGUCCUCAAAGACCAGCUACCCAAAUACCAGCUCAACAGACAAGACGCUCCUCAUUUGGUCAAGGGCGCCAUGGCUGCCACGUACUCCGCCUUGAACAGGAACGUUCCCCCCAUACUGGAACCUGUGGGCUGCUCGAUUCUCGCUCAGCGCCGAGGGGUAAAGAAAGUGACCUCCACUGCGCUCUGAAGCUCCGCCCACCACAACAACCAACCAACCACAGACCUCAUGCCUGGCGCUAGCAGACGGUCCCGUCCGAUGCACAGCCUGACGCACAGUCGACGCCCAACCUGCCACCCGUCUACCCCUCAACUAUAGGACAAGCCUGGACGCUGACGCCCCCUGGUGGACGAUUCAAAUCUUCCUCAUCUGCCUCUGAAGCAGAUAAUAAAAUAAAACCUUUGGCUUUUACAACAGCGUCCAGAACAUUCUGCUGACUAGUGUUUUGUUUAUUUUUUAUUUUUUGGGAAACAAGAGACUCAGAAAUGCGUAUGAACUUGUAAUAUACUGUAAUAUUCUUUUUAUAAAGCUGAUAGAGAACAAUAUUAUUGUAUUAUUAAAAAGA